AGCUAUCUGGCUUCACUCUGUAAACAGAAAGCACUGAAGCUAGCAAGCUAAACCUAACAAAACAAACAGGUCGCUAACUGCACUCUCAUCAUUCAGUUAACACAAUGAUUUGUCAGUGUAUUCAGAUAAAUUGAAGUGUAAGGCAGUAAAUUCACACAUAUGGUAAUCUCAUUGCAUUAUCUGGUGAAAAUAAUUGUUUGUGUGUGACUAAGAGCGGGCAGGGUGAAUGGAGCUGCACUUUCAUUGAAGGGAGACAGGAGUGAAAUCCGGAUGCUGACUCCUGUGAAAUCCCCACUGUACUCUGUGUCAUGUAAAAGACCUGCUAAUCCCACCUCUUAUCACUGACAGAGCACCAUCACCACCACCACUUUUACUGGGCAAACACCACAACUGUGGUCAGAGGUUUGGGCUACUAACCAUCAUGUGACUGGCGUGAGUCCUGCUGGUGUUUCAUGGUGUGUAUUUGAUUCAGUUGGAGAGAGGACCCAUAGUCGACACGCACAGGAACCAUGGCAGACAAAAACAAGAAGUCGGCAAAAAAUUGGUCUGUCUUUGGCUUCCCAAUAAGCAUCUUCUUCAUUGUAGUUAAUGAGUUCUGCGAACGUUUCUCCUACUAUGGCAUGCGAGCCGUGCUGGUGCUGUACUUGAGGUACUUCUUGAGGUGGGAGGAAGACUUUGCCACCACUAUCUACCAUACCUUUGUGGCUCUUUGCUAUCUGACGCCCAUCCUGGGGGCCAUUGUGGCUGAUUCAUGGCUGGGCAAGUUCAAGACUAUUAUUUACCUGUCCAUCGUUUAUACGGUGGGGCAGGUCAUCCUGGCAGUAAGUGCAAUCCACGACAUCACAGACACAAACAAGGAUGGCACCCCUGACAACAUGGCUUUCCACGUAGCUCUGUCCAUGCUAGGUCUGAUCCUUAUUGCUCUGGGAACAGGAGGCAUCAAACCUUGCGUGGCUGCUUUUGGUGGAGACCAGUUUCAAGAUCAUCAGGAGAAGCAGAGAAGCACCUUCUUCUCCAUCUUCUACCUGUCCAUCAACGCUGGCAGCCUGCUGUCCACUGUCAUCACCCCCAUCCUUAAAGCCCAGGAGUGUGGUAUUCACAGCAAGCAGCAGUGCUACCCUCUGGCCUUUGGUGUCCCUGCUGCUCUCAUGUUUGUAGCUCUGAUCGUGUUCAUUGCUGGAAGUGGUAUGUACACUAAGACUGCCCCUCAAGGUAACAUCAUGGUGAAAGUCUGCAGGUGCAUCGGCUUUGCCAUCAUGAACCGCUUCAGACAUCGUUCCUCUCAGUACCCCAAGAGAACACACUGGAUGGACUGGGCUGAGGAGAAAUAUGAUAAACGCCUGAUUGCGCAGGUAAAGAUGGUGCUGAAGGUGCUCUUCCUCUACAUCCCCCUGCCCAUGUUCUGGGCUCUCUUUGACCAGCAGGGCUCACGAUGGACCUUCCAGGCCACCACCCUGGAUGGUGACUUUGGAUUUCUCAUAGUCCAGGCUGAGCAGAUGCAGACUGUCAACCCUAUCUUGAUCCUGAUUUUGGUGCCAAUCAUGGACAGUAUGGUUUACCCGCUGAUUGCCAAGUGCAAAGUCAACUUCAGUCCAUUAAAGAGAAUGACUGUGGGGAUGUUCCUUGCUGCUCUGGCGUUCGUCGCUGCUGCCCUGGUCCAGUUAGAAGUUGAUAAAACUCUGCCAACGUUCCCUUCGACGACUCAAGGCCAAGUGAAGUUCAUCAACAUGGUUGACAGAACACUGCACAUCACAGCUGGACCCAAAAAUAUGUCACUGGAGCCCUUCACGGCCAGUAAGGAAUACCUGACCUUUGAUGACCCAUUUGAACUGAAUCUGGGACCUAAUGCCUCUUACGCAGCCAGUUUGAUGGAGGGCAAUCGGACCACCAUGGUCAUCAUCCAGGAUGGGCUUAUACCCAGACCUCUAUCAUUCUAUGACAUCACAUCAAAGCCGGAAAUGGGCGCCAACGCUAUCAGGUUUUUCAAUGGUUACGGCUCAGUUUUGAAUAUAACAGUGGGUGAGGAGAGCUUUGAUGAGAUCGUCCCCAACAACAUGUCCAAAUAUGUUGACGUAUCACAGGGAAAUGCAGAGUUCCGGAUAAAGGAUGAGACCGGACAGGAGUGUGUCUACACUCAGAAGCUGGGCUUCGGCAGCUCUUACACCCUGAUCAUCCCUACAGAUUUCAUGUUUGGAGAAAAUUGUGCACAGAGCAUCCGGCCACAGAUGGACAUUAGUCCUAACUCCGUCAGCAUGGCCUUGCAGAUUCCUCAGUAUUUCCUCAUCACGGCGGGAGAGGUGGUCUUCUCUGUGACCGGCCUGGAGUUCUCCUACUCACAGGCACCAAGCAACAUGAAGUCUGUGCUGCAGGCUGGUUGGCUGCUCACUGUUGCUUUCGGUAACAUCAUUGUGCUCAUUGUCGCUGAGGCUGCAAAGUUCCCAGAUCAGUGGGCCGAGUACAUCCUCUUCGCCUCUCUGCUGGUGCUUGUGUGCAUUAUCUUUGCCGUUAUGGCCUAUUUCUACACCUACAUUGACCCGGCCAAGAUAGAAGCACAGUUUGAAGAGGAGGAGCCCGAAGAGAAGGAGAAGAGGAGGAGUUUGGGGAUGACCAGGAAGGACUCGUUUGAGCACCGUAAACAGAGCAGAAAGGGUUCAUCUGACUCCAGCUCUGAUGAGCAGGACAGACAGACCAAGAUGUAAAACGACCCCCCUCAGCGGCUUUUCCCCCUCUUUCGUAUACGAAUGCUGCUCCUGUGUUUCACUUCCGAGAGUGCCUGUGCCACUCAAUGCAGUCUGUUGCACUGCUGUACGUGCAGUGACUAGAAUUAAUGGAUGACCUGAGAGGUGCUGAAGGUGGAAGGACAUAGAAUUAGGGCUUAGAUGGUUGAGCUCUCGGUGGACAAUAUUAGUGAAGGAUCAUAGCAGGGAUAAUUCAGACACUAUUGUCACCAUUUUGGCUCAAACUCUUUAAAGAAUUUUUUAGAGGUUACACGCUGUAAUUAAAAUCCCUGGAUCUUUAUCGGUUUGUAAUUUGUGCUUUCACUGUGGUAAAUUGAUUUUUUAGUGAAUUAUUUUGGACUGUGUGGCAACAUCUUUGUGUAAUUUUUGUUUCAUAGGAUUUUGUAAUUUAUUGGCACACACAUACAAAGAAACAGUUCCAAUGUAUGUAUUUAUUUCCAAGCAGUGUUGUAUGUAUUUUAAUAUAUUGUCACCAUUUUAUAUCUGUCCUCAUA